UAUCUCAUGAAAAAAAAAGGGAGUAAAAAAUUCACCUUUUUCGAUCCAUAGCAGGUUACAGUUAGUAGCUUAGAAUAUUCACAAAUCACAGCAAUGGGACCCUAAAAAUUUGUGGCCACAAUAACAUUCUCAUCCAAAAUUCUCAACAUCAUCAUCAUCGUUUUUCAUCAAUUAUUAUCACUGCUGUUCCCUGUUUGAACCCUUGUUUUAUUUUUAUUGUUUUUUUUCCCCUAUUUUUUGUUACUCUUUUCACAGUUCUCAUCCAAUUCACAACCACCAUUUAUUCCAUGGUUUUUCUGCUUUCUCACCAUUCCCAGAGAAAGAAACCACCUUUUCGCUCCACUUUCUUCACUUGGGUCAGCUCCGAUUUGAAAAUCUCAACUUGGGUUUUGUUCAUCACUCGCUUUCACCUUCUGGGUCUCCACGCUUUUCACCUCACCUCAUCAAAAAGACAAAAGUAACCCCUUUUAUUGUUACUCUCUCUCUCUCUCUCUCUCUCUCUCUCUCUCUCUCUCUCUCUCUCUCCUUGAUCAUCAUCACCAAUGGCUUCAAUUGGUUCAUUGCCAUUUCUUGUGGAAGCAAAUGCUGACACCACAGUGCUAAUGCUUCACACCAAGAACAAUAAUCACCACAACCGUCAUCAUCAUUAUCAUCAUGGUGCUCUUAAGUUUCCAGCAAAGUUUGGAACUUUAAGUGGUUCUUCAGUUUCUGAGAAUUCAAGGGGCAGAGGGUUGGGGCGUGGUAGAGUGCAACAUAGGUGUGGAAGGCGCAUCAUAAGAGCAGUGGGUAAGAGCAAUGGGAAAAGUGAGGAUAAUGAUGAGUCAGAGGAUGAAGCUCUUCAAGCCACCAUUGAAAAGAGUAAGAAGGUUCUUGCUAUGCAGAGGGAACUUCUUCAACAGAUUACUGAAAGAAAGAAGCUGGUUUCUUCUAUAGAUAGUGACACCAUUCCUGAAUCAGAGGGGUAUGGAAGCAAUGAUGAAUCUGUGUCAAACCCCUCAAAACAGCCGAAAACUUCCAUUGGUCGAGGCGAUGCUGUAGAAAACCAAAAUGGUGGUCUUAAUUUAAACAAUUAUGCCCAUUCCAGUGAAGAGGAGAUAAUAGAUUCCCCAACCCGUGAAAUGGCUUCCUCUAGUUUACAAUUCAAUGAACAAUUGGAGAACAAGAGAUAUGAGACAAUCAAGCCAGAUACUCUUCCAGCCUUCCUUAUGAACCCCGAAAUAUCCACUCCUCUAGAGAUUGAACAGAACGUUGUGAACGAUUCAAGUUCAGAGGUCGUUACUAAUGAAGCUGAAAAUGCUGAGCAUGAAGGUGAAAAAUUGCCACCAUUGGCUGGAGCCAAUGUCAUGAAUGUUAUAAUAGUAGCAGUAGAAUGCGCUCCUUGGUCAAAAACAGGUGGACUUGGAGAUGUUGCUGGUUCAUUACCAAAGGCCUUGGCUCGGCGUGGACAUAGAGUUAUGGUUGUAGCACCUCGAUAUGGUAAUUAUGCUGAAGGACAAGAUACGGGUAUACGGAGAAGAUACAAAGUAGAUGGUCAGGACAUGGAAGUAUUGUAUUUCCAGGCCUAUAUUGAUGGUGUUGAUUUUGUUUUCAUUGACAGUCCAAUACUUAGGCAUAUAGAGAAUAACAUAUAUGGUGGGAACCGAGUGGAUAUUCUAAAGCGCAUGGUGCUGUUUUGCAAGGCGGCUGUUGAGGUUCCGUGGUAUGUUCCAUGUGGUGGUGUUUGCUAUGGAGAUGGAAAUUUGGCCUUCAUAGCAAAUGAUUGGCAUACUGCAUUGCUGCCAGUAUAUCUGAAGGCAUACUAUCGCGACCAUGGUUUGAUGCAGUAUACAAGAUCCGUUCUCGUGAUUCAUAACAUAGCUCAUCAGGGUCGAGGCCCUGUUGAUGAUUUCCGCUACGUGGAUUUACCUGAACACUACCUCGAUCUAUUCAGGUUAUAUGAUCCCGUUGGAGGCGAACAUUUCAAUAUCUUUGCAGCUGGUUUGAAGGCAGCAGAUCGUGUUGUCACCGUCAGUCAUGGAUAUGCGUGGGAAGUUAAAACUUCCGAAGGAGGUUGGGGUUUGCAUAACAUAAUAAACGAGAGUGACUGGAAACUAAGGGGAAUUGUCAACGGAAUCGACACCAAAGAUUGGAAUCCGAAGUUUGAUGUUCACUUGACAUCAGAUGGCUACACCAACUACUCUCUCGAGACCCUUCAUAGCGGCAAGCGUCAAUGUAAAGCGGCCCUGCAAAAGGAGCUUGGUUUGCCUGUCCGUGAGGAAGUUCCAAUAUUGGCUUUCAUUGGAAGGUUGGAUCAUCAGAAAGGUGUUGACAUCAUAGCCGAAGCGAUUCCUUGGUUGGUCAGCCAGGAUGUGCAAUUAAUCAUGUUGGGGACCGGCCGGCCGGACCUAGAAGAAUUGCUUAGACAAUUUGAAUCCCAACACCAUGACAAAAUUAGGGGAUGGGUCGGCUUCUCCGUGAAGAUGGCUCACAGGAUAACUGCAGGCUCCGAUGUACUGCUCAUGCCAUCAAGAUUCGAGCCGUGUGGACUGAACCAACUCUAUGCCAUGAGUUAUGGAACCAUUCCGGUUGUACAUGCAGUCGGUGGACUGAGAGACACAGUGCAGCCUUUUGAUCCGUUUAGCGAGUCAGGUCUCGGGUGGACAUUUGACAGCGCUGAAACUCAUAAGCUCAUCCACGCGUUGGGCAACUGCUUAUUAACGUAUCGCGAGUACAAGAAAAGCUGGGAAGGGCUUCAACGGCGGGGAAUGAUGCAAGAUCUUAGUUGGGACAAUGCUGCUCAGCAAUAUGAGGAAGUUCUUGUUGCUGCCAAAUACCAAUGGUGAUUUCUUGUUGUGCAAGGCAAAGGAACUUAUCAAAUUGUUUAUAGGCAAGAUAUUUCUGAAAAUUUUUCAUGGUACCAUUGCAACCUGCAUGAUGUGAGUCCCUAGAGUCAUUUUUGUCAUAUAAGCUAAGGAUCAUGUAAUGCCAUUAUUAAUGGAAGGGUCACCUACUACUAUAUACAUAGGAGUGACAAUGAUCUAGUGUGAGCGCUUGCUUCUGUUGGGGAGAGGGGCAUUUAGGUCAUUUACAAGAAGCUACUCAUUUUUUGUGUCUUUGUUUCUUGAAUGGCAAUUUUGUCAUUACAAAUAAUCAUCAGUAAGUAUUCAACUUAAA